UGUGGCUCCGCUCCCUCCGCCCUCCCCGGGCUCCCUUCCGAAAAUGACACAUGGGGAUGGAGAGGGGGGCCUGAACCUCCUCCGGGGCUCGGACGGGACGCCGACGGGGGACUGAGGGGAGGGCGCCAGUCUGUUUUCUUGGUUACUGGAUGAUAUAGAUGAUGGUCCCUCUUCCAUCCCUAAGAAUUCGAUGAAUGUAAUGAGCUGGAGUGUCUGAGGAGAUCUGGCCAAAAAAAGAGGCAUAUUUGAGAGCGGGCCUGAACUCAAAAGCGGUGCAGAUGUUAAGAAGUUGCUGCUCUUUCUUUUAUCCUUCGGACUGCCAAGUUACAGUCUGACCAGGUUGCACUACAACAAUGCUGCUAACACGAUAAAUGUGCGGAGUUUGCCAUGCAUUGACUUAUUGUACCUGAAAGCCAUUAUAGUAAAACCAAGCAUCUGGAAAUUCUGAAGUGGCAGUACCAACAUCGGUUCCAUUGAUAUAUAUAUUUAAUUGCAGCAGAAUGGCAAGUAAACGAAAAUCCACUGUACCCUGCAUGGUCCUUGCAAGUGAGCCAGACCCAGAAUUGGAAGCCGUGUCUGAUGUUGAGGAAGGACCACCUGUGAUCACACCAGCUGGAAGUGUGAUGAGCGAUGAGGAUUCUCGAGAAUAUGUGGACCCGGACAAUCAGCAAAACAAAAAAGUUGAAGGAGGAUACGAAUGCAAAUACUGCACAUUUCAGACUACAGAUCUCAAUAUGUUUACUUUCCACGUCGAUUCUGAACACCCCAAUGUCGUACUAAGUUCCUCUUACAUCUGUCUCGAAUGCAAGUUUGUUACCAAAAGGUAUGAUGCUCUUUCGGAACAUAAUGUGAAGUACCACCCAGGAGAGGAGAACUUUAAACUGACCAUGGUGAAACGUAACAAUCAGACAGUCUUCGAGCAAACGGUGAAUGAUCUUACUUUCGACGGGAGUUUCGUGCACGAGGACAGAGCUGAAGAGACGGAAGCAUCUGAGUCUCCCUAUUCGGGCAUCUCAAUUAGCAAAACCCCCAUUAUGAAAAUGAUGAAAAACAAGAACGAGACCAAGCGGAUUGCUGUUCUUCACGGUGCUGCUGAGGAACGUCCUGGGGAAGAAAAAGAUACCGAGACUGACCCAGAUUGUGAGGAAAUAAUAGAAAAGCCAGUUUCUUCCGUUUCAGACACCAGCACAAGUAAUACGCCAGCUACGGAAACCAUUAGCACAAUUGUGAAUCCCACCGCAGUGAUUCAGCCUACACAAGUUAUUGCCACCAUAGCAUCUCCGCAGAACUCCAACUUAAUUUCGAAAGUCUUGAUCCCUGUCAACAGCAUUCCGACCUACAACAGUGCUUUGGAUAACAACGCCCUCUUGCUUAACACCUACAACAAGUUUCCCUAUCCAACCGUGUCAGAGAUCACACUUCUUGCUAAUCAAGCGAAAUAUACCGAGGAACAGAUCAAAAUCUGGUUCUCUGCCCAGCGUCUGAAACAUGGGGUCAGCUGGACACCUGAGGAAGUGGAAGAAGCAAGGAGGAAGCAAUUCAAUGGCACCGUGCACACGGUCCCUCAGACAAUUACGGUGAUUCCAGCGCACAUUUCAACAGCUAGCAACGGUCUGCCUUCCAUUCUGCAGACAUGCCAAAUUGUUGGUCAGCCCAGCCUACUUCUUACGCAGGUUGCUGGCGCAGGUACGCUUCCGGUGACAGCGCCAAUAGCUUUGACUGUGGCGGGGGUCCCAAAUCAGCCCCAGCUGCAGAAGGCGCAAGUCCAAACUGCACAGCCUGUUGCUGAAACCAAGCAAGUAGCCACUGUCCCAGCCGCUGUCCCAGCCCCUCAGCCUACCAAAUCGGAAGUGGUUGUAGCAAAUGCAGACACUGCUGGAGUGCGUGCAAAGAAAACAAAAGAACAGCUGACGGAGCUAAAAAUCAGCUACCUUAAAAAUCACUUUCCUCAAGAUUCUGAGAUAAAUAGGCUCAUGAAAAUAACAGGCCUGACGAAAGGGGAGAUCAAAAAAUGGUUCAGUGACACCAGGUACAACCAGCGAAACUCAAAGCAUAACCAUUAUAAUAAUCUUAGCAAUGAUUCUUGCACUAUCAUCAUUGAUUCGAGUGAUGAAACAAAUGAGUCCCCAACACUGGCCUCGCCUCAGCAGAAGCAAUCAUGGAAUGCAUGUGAUGGCACCCCACUGAAAUUCAAAGAGAAGACCCCCAAGCAACUGCAAGUCCUCGAAGACAGUUUUCACAAUAAUUCCAUCCUUACAGAUGAUGAACUGGCUAGAAUAAUGUCAGAAACUAAUCUGACCAGACAAGAGAUUGAUGCUUGGUUCACCGAACAGAAGAAAUCCAAAAAUUUAAGCGAGGAAAGUGAGGAACUAAAUGAGAGCAAUGGAAGCAUCUCAAAGGAAACAUCCACAGAGACAUCUGGUGGCGAAGGGGCUCAGAAGUCAGGAAAGCUAAGUAAAAAGACACCAGAGCAGCUCCAUAUGCUGAAAAUGUCGUUUGUCCGGACUCAGUGGCCGUCUUCGGAAGAAUAUGACAAGCUGGCUGAAGAAAGUGGACUUCCUCGGCCAGAGAUUGUUAGUUGGUUUGGAGAUACUCGUUACGCAUGGAAGAACGGUGGCUUGAAAUGGUACUACUCCUAUCAAGGGCCCAAUGCAAAUAGUAUGAAUGGUCAAAGCAGUUCCAGGAGGAGAGGGCGAGGAAGACCAAAGGGAAGAGGGAGAGGAAGGCCUCGUGGGCGAGCAAGAGGGAACAAAAGGAUCAAACACUGGGACCGGACUCCGGUCAUCAAAUUUAAAACUGGAAAGGCGAUCCUGAAGGAUUAUUACCUAAAACACAAAUUCCUUAACGAACAGGACCUCGACGAGCUGGUUGCCAGAUCGCAUAUGGGAUACGAGCAGGUCAGGGAGUGGUUUGCAGAUAUGCAGAGAAGAGCUGAACAAGGCCUCGAGCUGUUUGAGGAGGAGGAGGAGGAGGAAGAGGAGGAGCUGCUGGAUGAGCAGGACGAUGAAGAGGAAGAGGAUGAUGAAGAAACGGAUGACAGUGACAACUGGGAACCCCCUCGGCAUGUUAGGCGUAGGCUUUCAAAAUCAGACUGACAUGUAAGUUCCUGGGUUGUGGGGAACCGUAAUCUUGCUGUGCUGCGCCAAGAGUUUGGUGCUGGUUCUAGUCACUCUUGGAAUUUGGUCACUCUUGGGAAAGGGGGAUUGAGUCGCCGACUCAUGCAGCUGACUUAGUCUUGGUUAGCAGAAGUGGAAAAGCAAGUCCAAGAUUUGGAAUUACAAACCCACCCCCACCCCUCAGAUACAGCUCCCCUCCACAUCUCUACUGCUAGGGGAUACGUCAUGUUAUUGCCUUAUGUUUUAUUUUUUAAAAUCUUGUAAGGACACAGGUGCAUUUUAUUGUUUUCCUCAUAUUGCCGGAGAAAAAUAAGUGCAAAAACAAAAAGGUAUGAUUGUAGCGUUCCUUUUGCGAAAGUGUUUGUCUUCCUCCCUUCCAGCAUAAGGAAGAUUUUGAAGGUGUACAAGAUGGGUCGGGAUAAAGGAUACCAAAGGAAAGUGGCAGCAAUGGGGUGAGGUUUGUUCGAUGGUUUUAGUUGAGGGGUGGGUUGCUUUUAGAAUAGAGGGGAGGGAGGAAUACCUUUGUUACAUAUGGAGCCAUGUGCUACGUUUACAGAACUCUCUCUCAAGCUGUCUUCAGGGAGCGAAGGUUGGGCCAGAAGUAUGUUUUGUUUUUUUGUUUUGUUUUAAUUAAAUCGAACUGGUAUGUAUCAUAUUUAAAAACGAGAUAAAAUACU